CUAGUGCAUGCAACUCACCAAAGAAAUCAACCAAGCAACAAGCAAGCAGCAGCAGCCAGCAAUGGCGAAGCCUUACACCUUACUGUUGGGCGCACUGGUCGUACUCUCACUUCUAGUGAGCCCCAUUGCUUGCUCCCGCGAGCUCACCAAGCACAAACCCAAGCCCAGGCCAACGCCGAUCCACAACAAGCCAGCUGCACCCAAGCCGAAGCCGACCAGCCAGAAGCAGCCUGUACCCAAGCCCUACAGCGACCACACCGCUAGCCCCCCGGCGCCGUCAGCCGCCUACGGCUCCGGCGGCUGGUUGUCUGGCGCCGGCGCGACGUACUACGGCGCCCCCAACGGCGACGGUGGCGAAGGUGGCGCGUGCGGCUACCAGACCGCCGUCGGGAAGCGGCCGUUCUCGUCGAUGAUCGCCGCCGGGAGCUCGGUGCUGUACAAGGGAGGCGAGGGCUGCGGCGCCUGCUAUGAGGUCAAAUGCACGAGCAACCAGGCCUGCUCCGGCCAGCCGGUGACCGUCGUCAUCACCGACCAAUCCCCAGGCGGGCUCUUCCCCGGCGAGGUCGCCCACUUCGACAUGAGCGGCACCUCCAUGGGCGCCAUGGCGAAGCGCGGCAUGGCCGACAAACUCCGUGCCGGCGGUGUCCUCAGGAUCCAGUACAGGAGGGUGCCAUGCAAGUACAGCGGCGUGAACAUCGCGUUCAAGGUGGACCAGGGCGCGAACCCGUUCUUCUUCAACGUGCUGAUCGAGUUCGUGGACGACGACGGUGACCUCAGCGCCGUCGAGCUCAUGGAGGCCGGCAGCGGCACCUGGACGCCCAUGGCGCACAACUGGGGCGCGGUGUGGCGCCUGAACAACGGCAAGAGGCUGAGGGCCCCCUUCGCGCUCCGGCUCACCUCCGGCUCCGGCAUGGUGCUUGUGGCCAACAACGCCAUCCCAGCCGGGUGGAAACCCGGGAAGACGUACCGCUCCUUGGUCAACUACCCCUGAAUUUUCACUGCGCUAUAGCUGUGCUUGGCGGGUCAUCGAGCAGUCCAUGGCGGGAAAUGUAAGUCCGGUUGUUGCGAGAGGCGGUGUCAGAAGUCAGAGGAGGAGGAGGUUGAAGAAGGGUAUCGUGUUAUUCUUCCCUCCCACCACGGUCUCUGCAUGCAGUCCCCUCGUUAUGACGUGUCGAACCGUUAGUGCUCGUAUGGAGAGAAGCUUGAGCUGCGACUAAUGUUGCAUGCCGAUGCAGCAAAGUUGUGUGUGUUUGACUUUUAGUACAUUGCAUUCUAUUAAGAA